UGCCUCUCUACGGAGUACAGGUGGCCAUAAUCACGGCUAACCCGAUAUUUUAUGGGUAUCCUUCCAUUGAAAAAUAAACCAGAAAGGAGCAACUUCCAUCUGAUUCCAAAACUGCCACCUCAGGCAUCAUUGGCUGUUCAGAGGAACCACAGAUCUAUAGAAUCAUACCGUCGUCGGGAAUUACAUCACCAUCGACAUACACAGCGGUUCAUCGUUUCGGAAUGUCUACCCCCAUGGCUAUUGUUCCUCGAUCCGACUGUUUUCAUCGCUAGUAUAUGCGACUCUCCAGCCAUCUCCGCGAACGUCGAACCCAGCGGAUUUGAGAUCAUCCCACUACACCACUACACCGCUAUCAAACAUGUCUCUACCACGCCUCGCCACGGCUUGUUCUUCUUUCGCACCUUCGGUGUAGUAUGGGGGCAAGCCCCACGUUUGGGACGCAGAUCAUAUGUCACCGCGCAACCGCACGAAGCUGAGAAAGGCAGUGACCUCCCAUGGCUUAUCGGAUCACUCGCCCUUGGAGUUCCCUUAGUAACCUAUCUGAUGCAGACCGGACCCGAGAAAAAAGUCCACUACGGCCAUUUCAGGCCGGAAGUAAGGGAGGCCCUUGAGAAAGGACAUCCAAUACAAUCUGUAGACUUGGAGAAGCCGUCUGCAAUAGACCCGGUAUUGUUUUGGUUCUAGCCUCCCCCCAGUGCAAUGAAAUGAAAGCUGACCUUGUAGUAACCAACAGGCCCAAGCUACCAAGUUCCCAGAAGGAUCCGGCACUAUCUCGCACAAACAGGUGGGCCUUGAUAACUACAAUAGCUCCAACCCUGCAAUUGCUAUUGCAGGGAAGAGCGUGAAAGGUGAGGGUGAUACCGACACCACGAAGCUCCAGGGUACUGUCGAUCCAGGACGCCGUCAGGCUUAGAUAGCCGCAAGCAUGCAGUGUCCAGAUCUGCAGAAUAAGAUAGAAUGAUUUGGGAGAUAUCUGGGGUAUAGCUCGGAGUCAUGGAAACUUGACCGUUCCGUGUGCUGUUGUAUCAGGAAAAUCAGCCGUAUGGACUCAAUAUUUUUCUCGUAGUGAUGUUCUCCCUUCAAAUGAACCAUGGAUCAUCCAGG